AUGCUUUCAGAUUGCCUGCUAAUAAUUGUGAUUGCGAUUGGUACAGCUCUCGCAGGAGAAGGACUAACAUGGCUUUUAGUCUAUCGUAGUGAAGAAUAUAAGCGGUUGAAGAAUGAAAUGGAGCGUAAAACAAAGAAGUUAGAGAGAAAACGAGAGGCGGCUACCGAUGUUUUUGACAGCAAAACAGCGAAGAAAAGGAUUGACAGGGAAGAGGAGCGACUGAAGGCUACCAAUCGGGACAUGUCAAUGUUCAAGAUGAAGUCGAUGUUUGCAAUUGGUCUUGCCUUCACAGCACUUUUGUCAACAUUUUCUUCUAUUUUUGAGGGACGUGUGGUCGCCAAAUUGCCAUUUGUUCCAAUUUCCUUCAUUCAAGGAUUGAGUCAUCGAAAUUUGGCCGGUGAUGACAUGACGGAUUGCUCUUUCAUUUUUCUCUACAUUUUGUGUACGAUGACAAUCCGCCAAAAUCUGCAAAAAGUUCUCGGUUUUGCACCAAGUCGAGCAAUGAAUAGGCAGCAAGGUGGUGGACUCUUUGGUGCUCCUCAACAACAAGGCCAGUUUACAUAUUUCCGU